CAUGUAUGGGGAAUUAUUAUCUACUCAAUUCAUGUUUUUUACUAUACUUUACAUACAUACAAUAACGUCCAUGAUAAUUCCCCAUACAUGACGUAGUAAGUAGAUUUAUACCCAUUCCCCAUGGAUAGACUGAAACAGCAAAAUAGAGGCGAUGUAAUUUUUAACGUCUGCGCAAGUCGUUUGUCUCUAAGGGGAAGUGUUAAUCAGUGAAGCGGAAAGCUAUCGAGUUUAGAGAAGCAGUCAUAAUGGCUUCAGAAGCGACAAGUGAGAAUGAGUAAGUGAUAGAAAGAGUUGUAACGAGUUGUUGAUUUGUUCCAUUUAUCGAAUACACGCAUCUCAUGGCGGCGAAUGUUUCAAAGCAAAGCUUCUCAAAUCGGCUAAAGAAUAAGUGAAGAAAUAGCGUCAAAUGGUGCCAGUGGUUUCAAGAGUUUGUUGGCGAAGUCUCUUGCUGAAAAGUUUAUGGUCUGUUCUCACAAACGCAAUGUUUCAAGGUUUUGGUUGAGUCACGCUCGGUUUUGAAAUACGCAAACAUUGAUAACAACUGCAUGUAGGCUAUUUUAUUUAGUUAUGAGCCAAGUGUCGCUUUAAAGCUGCGAACAUAUCCGCGCUGAUUUAAGAUUUCCGGCUUCCAUUCGUUCCAUUUCAGAAAAUUUGCAUUUUUUACAGACACGUAUGUUUACCUAAUUCAUUUAGAAUUAUGAUUAGCUAUAUGUAUGCGCCAUACUUCUAAAUGGAAAGUGUUAAAGGACUUUUCGUCAUCCGUUUCUGUCAGAAAUCUAGUACCAUUGAUCAAAAAAUCGCACUCCCGAUUCAAGGUUGCAUGAUCAAAUUGGACUCCACUCGCUUUUAAUUGCCAUUAUUAUUCAUCUGUUCAUUCCCCUUCAAAAAGAAACCAGUCAGUAACCAUUUAAUUAUUCAAUUCAGAAUACAUGUCCGCGUCACUUCAACUACAGAUCUUUUAUAAGGCUCUCUUCAGUGUUUUCAGUACUCUAGCUAGGACAAUGUCCUCACAUCGUGCCCCACAUGCAAAAUACUCUAUACACCGAAUUCGUAAAUGGCGGCCGCGCGGAAAAGCCUGGUUUCAAAUACAGGAAAACGAGGCUCGAAAGGCUUUUAUUCAGUAUCACUAUGGCGUCUUGUUUGGCAAGUUCAUUCGAUAGCGUUGUUAUUCUCACAGAGGAUGAUAUUCAGGGGGCUUCACUGGAGGGGAGAAUUCCUUAAUUAUGGAAGAACGAAGAAUUGAGGUUUUGGCUGUCGAGGAGAUUCCCUUAAAGGUUUAAUUAAAACUGCAUCACAGGAGUUUAAGAAAAGCAGAUCUACCUCCAUAUAAAUAUUGUGUACAUUAGACUUUAAUUUCUUUUUGAGUGAACAGCACUUGGUGCCUCACAAGCGAGGCAUGAUCUAAUCUGUUUCAUAAUUUCUGUGCAUGCACAGAGAUGUUGAUGAGAUUGGUGAUGCAAAUUUCUGUUAUCUUAGGGGUAUCUUGUUUUAGUUACUAUCAUUGUACUUUGCCAUGUAAUUAUAGGAUCUUGCAUAUUACACAACAUGGCACACACACCACAUUUGAUUUACUAUGCCAAACUGGCUUAAAGGAAUUACUCCCUCAAAAAUUAAAAAGUUCUUGACCUUGUUAAUGGCUCUUUCUCGAUAAAUUCUCAGCGAAGCAAUAUCCUGUGUCUUAAUCACAUCCUCAGGUGUCACCUGAUCUGAUAUUCCCAACGAGGAGGAUAUAUUGAGGGAGAUACCCAGGGGAAGUAUGUCUUCAAUGGUGAAACCCUUGUCAGCCAUUAUAGGGUCCCCUUUAGAAAAAGGGAGGUAUAAAAAAACACUGCACUCAACCAUUUCCUUUUCUGAUAUGCUGCUUGUGUACAACUGUUCAAUAAAUGUGAGAGACCCUUUGGGUAAGAUUCUUACUAGUCCCUUUAAAGUGGUGUGAUGUUUAUAAGAACUAAACAGUUCACUAUUUAAAAGAGGACUACGUGGAAUUUCGCAGCGAAUCUCUGUGCAGUCAAUGAUCACCUUUGUUGAAGGGUAUUUAGCCUUGAAAUCAUCUGGCAUUGUCUCAUCAACAAGUCUUCUGGAUGGCCAAAUAUUUAGCCGGCCAAGUUUUAAGUACACGAAGUUGCACCGUGUAACAAAUUCGACUGAAAGUCGACUGUGAAAUAUAAAAUCAGUUGGCUUAAUGUUGUUCAGCAAAACCUCGUCAGAGUCUACAGUUUGUGAGAAAAAAAAUCUAAUGGUGGUAAGAAUCUUGGCCUUCCCUAUUUCCCAAUUUUCUCACUAUCACUAUUAGACUUGACUGUCUCUCUACCAGGUAACUAGUAAUUGAUAUUUCCUCUGUUGGUACUAGGGUCCAGGAAUUCGAACAAAGCCAUCAUCGUUUGAAAGUUUGGAUGACCGGCGUAAAAUGUCAGAAGUGAAGUGUUUUUUGAUAUUUCAGAGUAAAAACAAUUGAUUUUUGAGUGUAGCACAUGUCUGAUUUAAGUCACAGCAUCUUUCCUCCAACAACGAAACCUCUUCCUCCAAAUUCUUGUUCUUGGAUAACAAUGCAGCAAUCUGGUCUUCUAGUUCAUACAGUUCUACAGUUUGUGAGAAAAAAAAAUCUAAUGGUGGUAAGAAUCUUGGCCUUCCCUAUUUCCCAAUUUUCUCACUAUCACUAUUAGACUUGACUGUCUCUCUACCAGGUAACUAGUAAUUGAUAUUUCUUCGUAAGUCAGUUUUCGUUGACCAGAUUUUGUGGCCUUUACGUAAUGAUUCCCCUGUUUUCCUAAUUUUCGAAACGACCGAGCGCGCCACGGGUGUCGUGUUGGCCUAUUUCAGGCGUAAAAAGCCUAGAAAUACAUUGGGUGUCAUUGGAGUCCAGAUCUCGCGCGGUCAAAAAACCCCAGGGAGGGAGCCAUCUAAAAUUAGACAAGUUUUAUUCAGCAAAGCAGAAACCUACUGGGUUUAGAAAAGCAGUCAUAAUGGCUUCAGAUGCGACAAGUGGGAAUGAGUAAGUGAUAGAGAAAGUUGUAACAAGUUGUUAAUGUGUCUCGUUUAUCGAAUACAUACAUCUCGUUGAAAAAGUUUCGAAGACUUGAUACCGCACGUGAACUGACAUGGCGGGAAGUGUCUCAAAGCAAAGCUCCUCAAGUCGGCUAGAGAAAAAGAGAAGAAAUAACAUCGAAAGGUGCCAAUGAAUUCAAGAGUUUAUUGGCAAAGUCUCUGGCUGAAAAUUGAAUGGAUCUGUUCUCACAAACGCAAUGUUUAAAGAUUUCAAUUUGGUUGCUUCAUGCUCGGUUUGUAAUACGCAAACAUUAAUAACAACUUCUUUAGACUAGUUUAUUUAUGGGCCAAGUAUCGUUUUAAAACUGAAAAUAUAUCCCUACUAAUUUAAGAGUUUCGUCUUCCAUUUGUUCCAUAUGCACCAUGCUUAUAAAUGGAAAGGUUAAUAGGAAUUUUUUCAUUCAUUUCUGUCAGAAAUCUAAUACCAUUGAUCAAAAAAUCGCACCACCGAUUCACGGUUGCAUGAUUACAGACCAAAUUGGACUCCACUCGCUUUUGAUUGCCAUUGUCAUUCAUCGGUUCAUUGCCCCUUAUUGAAAGAAUUCAAUCAGUAACCGUUUGAUUAUUCAGUUCUGGAUAUAUGUGGAACGGUCAACAUUUACAUAGCGAAGCAACCUCCGCGUGACUCUAACUACAGAUCUUUUAUAUAUGGCUCUCGUUACUGUUUUUAGUGCUUUAGCUAGGAUACUACACUCGCGUCGUGCCCCACAUGCAAUAUAUUCGAUAGAGCCUUUUUUUCACUCCAUUCAUGAGAUGAAACGUAAUGAAGUUAUGGAUCUAUGAGCUACUAAAUUUCUUUUUUCUCUUGUUGUAGCUGUUUGGAGGCUCUCCACCAGCAAAGAAAAUUUGAGUUUGGAUGUCUUGCUCCCGCAGUGAGUGCUCUGUUCAAUUCUGUAUAUUUUUUUGGGUAAUGAUUACAGAAAUAAUAAUAACGAUAACGAUAAUGACGUUGAAGAGGGUGAAGAUUUUAAUAAUAAUAAUAAUAAUGAUAAUGAUGAUGAUGCUAAUUAUGACAACGACAUAAACGGCAGCAAUAGCGGAUUUCCUUUUAUCUGUGCUCUUUAUCGUGUGGAUAUGGACUUGGAAAGGAGCCACUAUUUGAUAAAGUUCAAAUAGAGAGAGAGAGAAUGUCUCCCUUUUCAAUAGCCCUGUAAAUAAUUUAAGUGUUCUUAAUUAUGUCUGUUGAAAAAUGGUUUUGAUAAAACUUGUAGUAACAGGUCGCUAGCCUGUGUGCGAUAAGUGUUUGUGUGGCGCCGCAACAUUCCGGCAAUAGUUGGAACAAUAGGCAGUGGGGGAUUAAUUGCUCUUCUCAUUCGGUGUUUUUUGUGUAGAUUCAUUCUACAAAAAAAAUCAUCUAAUGUUUCUUUUUGUUUUUCUUUUCAGUUGGUUAUUAUUUUAGUUCUUUCAUUCCUGAAGCGACGCAUUAAGCUUAAAUUAGAGCUCUGGGAUGGGCGCCCUGGACUACUGAUGUAUGUUGUUCGUAUAUGAAAAUAGAUAUAUUUAUAAUUAUUUCAUAGCAAAUCUAGAAUUUAAGCGAUUUGGCCCCCCAUACACAAUGACGCACGCACAUGCGCACUUACACAGAUAAAAGCCUCUGUCCGAGUGAUUUGCUCCAUUCGAAGCCAUCUUCCUUUGCAUUACCGUGACUGAUUCCGUACAUUAUGAAACGUCUUUACGUUGCAAAACAAUUCAAAUCUAGAUGGACGCCACGAUUUAAGUAUAAUUCAUCCCCAAAAUUCAAAAGCCAAAGGUUCAAAGCUGAAAGCGUGUCUCAAAAGCUUGUUUAUCACAUGUAAAAGUGUGUUAUUUGACUCCAAAUUUCAAGCAUAGGUGCGGUAAGUUGUUUCAACUGAUGAAUGACUAACUUCCACUCUGGUCUUCGAAAAAUCAGUCCCUUUCAUCGACAAUUGUCUUCUUUUUCUAUUCUAUACCCCCUCCCCUCUCCUUCCUUUUGACCAUUGCUCACCCCCCACCUUCUUAGUUGAAAUUCCUUCCUCUCCCCAGCCUUCCGCUGCUGUAAGAAUAAAAGAUGGCCGCUAUGAUUUUCAUCAAGCUAAUGCUAUAACACCAACCAGGGUUUGAGAAAAGGAAAGGGUAGCGUAAUUUAUCAAUAAGUUGCUGGUUUUGUGGCUAAUGAUCUAGCCGCAGUACGAUUUUCCAUAGUGACAACAUAUCUGCAUCAUUCCUCUUUAGACCGAUGAACUUUCUUGGUGGUCUCAGUAACAGGUGGACUAUUGCUGCUACGUUUGGAGCCACAGGUAGCACUCUUAUAACUAUGGCAAUAGUUGGAAAAGGCGGUAUCUCGAUUGUCCCAUCUGACUCUCCCUGGGUGAAAAGUAGGUAACUCUAACGCUAUUAUGAUCGAAUUUCUUAGCUUUGUUGGCAGUAAGGAUAAUCAAGGAGCUUUACGCGAGAAAAGUUUUUAUAAAUAAUUUGAUGUGAAAGUCACCUUUUGUGAUUUGUUACAUAGAGUAAUGAGAGUACCGCUUAAGCGUAUCGCGAGCUCACGUUCAAGGGACCUAAGACUUGUAAGACCAUGCGGCGAUGUGAGAAUAAAUGCACGAAGUUUUGUCACAGUUUUUGCGUGUAAGAAGCGGUAUAAAUCGACUGUUCUAAUGUUUGAGAACAAAAGAUUUAAAGGUAAAAAUACAGUAACAUAUUUAAAGCAUAUACCCUUAGAAAUCUUUGUCAUGCGCAUAAUGCUCGAUGCAUGUCUAGUCCAGAUUCCAGUAAAUUGCUCUGUAAUAACAGCCUAAACUCUUGUGGUCUCCAAAGUACAGCACUAUGAUCACAACAGGUGCAUGGGUAUAUUUAUUUAAUAAGUUUUUUUGUUUAACCUGCAAUGCCAUCCCAAAAUUCAAAACUAAAUCAUUACAAAGAGGCAAAAUUAGGCUUGGAAAACAAACAAAACCAACAUUCAAACAACCAAACAAAACAUAAAUUUUAAAAAACACACACACACAAAGCAAUCACUGCUAGAGGACAACCAAAGCUGAGAGACUGAACCAAAAGUAUUGUAAAGGAAGGACAAAGUAACUGCAAAAGCCGAGAACUACAAGAGUUCUUCUAUCGAAGUUUGAAACUAUGAGCAAUUUCUCUCUUUCCUUUUACUCAGUUAUUGACAUUUUUUUGGCUGUCCUCCUUUGUACAAUACUAUUCUAUCCAUAUUUUGCCUGCCUCACAACUGAAUACAAGCUCGUUGGUUCUAUUCUUGGUUUCCUUUACGGUGCGUUGAGGUAUGUAUGCGAGUAUUUUCUUAAAUUACGACAUUUUUUACACUAGUUAGUUAUGUCAGAUACCAAGUAUAUGAGUUGGACAGAGUUGAAAUCCCGGUCCCGGUCAUCUCAUUUCUUUUUUCCUUUUUUUUUAUGGAGGGUGUUUUACAUGAAACUUCGAAAACACUUUUGACAUUAGUCCUCAAUCGUAUCCAUAAGUUGAAAACAUGCGAUUUCAUGAGAUACGAACGUUAAUUUUGAGUUUGGGGCUGAAAAAAAACCCCGGAAGUCCUCGAAGUUGAUGGAGGUUUCUUUAUACAAGAAACACGCUGAAUACUAAAAAACUGGUACUAAAAAACUGGCGUACGCAUAUCGAUUUAUGGAAGCACCACGCGGAAAGUUUGCAGAGCACGAGAGAAGCGUAAGAGUCGCUCGAGGCACAGCCAAAAGCAACUCUAGCUUCUUGAGUGAAAUUUUGAAUAUUCAAAAUAUUCCAUUGAACAACAGUUUUAGGAAAUGUAACACUUAAAAAUAGUAUGAAUCGUUCGAAAAACGAUGCGAAAAACUUACAAAUUUUUUGCAUUUACAACAGCCGUGUGGUAGAUUUACCCGCUUGAUUUGUUGUUCACUAGAAUUUACGACCAGCAGAUUGUGUAGCUUUAUGUUGAAAAUGCUGAAAAUUGUACGCUUUCAAAACAAAAUCUGCUAUUGAACAACACUUUUGGAACAUAUCAAAACUUCAAAAUAAUAUUUACUAUUCUAAUGAAGAGUUCCUAACGCUGCAAAGCCUUAGCUGAGGUGAGGAAACUCAAUCUUUUUUCUCAGCUAUAAUUCGCAUCGCGUGUGGGAAUGAAGUAUCGUCAACUCGAACACUAAUUUCUUCGUGUGAAAGAGUUACAUGCUCAUUGUUACGCGAGGCGAGUUUAUACAGCAUAUUUUCUUUUCAUCUGGAGCUUGAAAAGGCCUAUGUCAAUUGCGAUAGAACGGGAAAAAAUCUUGAAAGUUUUGAAAGCUCGCGGCUAAGUUCGACGGGAACUUUCAGCUGAAGUGAAACAGCAAACGUCAUGUUAUGGAUGCACAGCCGUGCGUACAUAAAGAUUUUUACCACGGUAGCUUUUUAAGAUUUAGACAGAACUUGAGCACGUUAUGUUAUAAUGUAUAUUAUCUUUCUUUUCUUGGUCGAGAUGCCUUACCUGGUUACAAUCCCUCCAGUAUUUUGACAGUUUGCCAAGAAGGCCAGACGAUACGUAACUCAUUGACUUCUAUUGGUUUCUUUCAGGUUUUCUUUUCAACUUGCUACACAGAUACGUUGCUACGUUGUGUCUAAGGUAUUGGUUUUGGAAUGCAUCAACAGGCGUGUAGUACAUGUGUUUCCUUAUGGUCACGCAGAUAAAGCUGCUUGCUGUGUUUUUAUGAAAGACUGAGUAGAGCUAAGGGAAUGGAUUACAGAGAAGGAGUCAAAUCAUCCAAAAUACUAAUAUAAUACGGGGAUAAUUUUUUGUGACUUUUACAUACUGCGCUGAAAAAGCGUGAUCGUUCUCAAUUCUUGAACAACUUUCAGGUCUCUAAAAGGUUGUAGAAUAUUACAUACUACGUAUUUUUAUAAUGUAGAAAAGGCUAGCGAGCACUCCCCGAGUAUUUUUUGUUCGCUGUUGUUUCGAGUGCCACUAUUGCAGUUGGCUAGAAAUUAGAUUUAAUGAGUCAUUCAUUCACAAAUUAUGGCCCUUAUGACUUAAGUUACUUAUGUAUUUAUUUUCCUUUUAGAAAACAGGAUCCUAUGGAAUAAGACCUAUUGUUUCAAACCUGCCGACAACACUGUGCCUUAUCUUUCUAACAACGCGAUUUGCUUUCUUUAUUGUUCGACGAGUUAUUCAGAUGUGGUCUGUAUCUUCUACAGAGUCAGCUGUAAGUUGGAGAUUUAUACAAACAUAUUUUCUUCCCUUUAUAGCAGAUACAAAGGUGUGAAAUUUGUGUAUGUGCCAUCGACUGGUUGGUUUUUAUAGAUCGUUUUCUAUUUAGUUAAGGACGGUGAGGUAAUAAUGGCAUCACAAAAUUCAUAGAGGGGCGUUAGGCAAGGUUUUACUGACGCUCUAAAAUCGAAAUAUAAAAAAGUUUGAAAACAUCAUAAAAUUUAAGAGAAUUUAGGACUUCAUAGCGAAACAGGCGAAAAUGACGGCAGGAGGGUACAAAUUUAAAGGAUUGAGGGUAUCGGUAACUAUUUGUAUUAUUAUGGAAGGUUCUCUACUCUUUAGGCAAAGGACUCCUGCUCCCGCUCACUGGCUCAUGAUUCAGACGUUGCUCACGUGAAGUUCAUUUUGGGGCAAAAACCUCUAAUGUAAGAUACCUUUUAAGAGCUCUAAAAGUUGGUCCUCUAAACAAACUCCUGUCUAGUGUACAACUAAAACAGUUAAAUUCCAUUAUCCAUGUCCUUCUCUUUGUUUUCUCCUUCUCCUUCUCCUUCUCCUUCUCCUUCUCCUUCUCCUUCUCCUUCUCCUUCUCCUUCUCCUUCUCCUUCUCCUUCUCCUUCUCCUUCUCCUUCUCCUUCUCCUUCUCCUUCUCCUUCUCCUUCUCCUUCCUUCUCUUCCUUCUCCUUCUCCUUCUCCUUCUCCUUCUCCUUCUCCUUCCUUCCUUCUCCUUCUCCUUCUCCUUCUCCUUCUCCUUCUCCUUCUCCUUCUCCUUCUCCUUCUCCUUGUCCUUGUCCUUGUCCUUGUCCUUGUCCUUGUCCUUAUCCUUGUCUUUGUCCUUGUCUUUGUCCUUGUCCUUGUCCUUGUCCUUGUCUUUGUCCUUGUCCUUGUCCUUGUCCUUGUCCUUGUCCUUGUCCUUGUCCUUGUCCUUGUCUUUGUCCUUGUCCUUGUCGUUUUCCUUGUCCUUGUUCUUGUCCUUGUCCAUGUCCUUGUCCCUGUGUCUGUGCCUGUGCCUGUGCCUGUGCCUGUGCCUGUGCCUGUGCCUGUGCCUGUGCCUGUGCCUGUGCCUGUGCCUGUAACUGUGCCUGUGCCUGUCCCAAUCCCUGUUCCUGUCCUUGUCGUUGUGUUUUAUCUUUGUAUUUGCACUUGUCCUGGCCCGGCCUUAGCCUUGGCCCUCACCCUCGCCGACCAAUUCUUUUUUCCUCAUUGUUUUCCUUCUUUUCAUUGUGAUCAAUUGAUCAUUGUCAGCAGUAUUGUCUUUUUUUUUUCAUGAUCAGAUACCCGGUCAAGACAGAGUGGUACUGGAAGGUUCUCUACUUUUGCUAUAUACCAAGGGCAGGUGUGUAUGGUCUUUCGUUACAACAUAAACAAUUUUGGUAUUUUACGUUGAUUUAUUGGUUUUUACUUCAUGCUUUUCAAUCGUUUAUGGGCCCUGAUUUAUUGACCAUUUUGUUCUUUUAUUUUAUUGUUAUUAUUCUUAAUAAUGAGCUCAAAGCUAGACUAGACUAAUGAAAUGGAAAACUUCUACAAUUUCAGAUUUCAAGUUCUCCACUCAGUUGAUAUCAACAGUGUUUCUCGUCGGGAUAAUUGUCUUUGAAGUUAGUGCUCAGUGUAUCAGAAUAUGUCUUGUCAAUCGAUUUGUAAAUGGACUUUUCCUUUCUCUGCUGUUCAAUUUGUCUUUCGCAAGGAUUCAAAAUUUACAGCAGAAACAAGUGUAUAUAUUAACGACCCCAAUCAUUUGUAGAAAACAUUUGCCAUGAAAAGAUUCUUAGAUAUUUUAUUUCUCUUUGUUGCAUGUAGGUCUCAUUGUCGUCACUCACAUGGUGGGAAGUAAAGAUAGGCGGUUUUAGGGGUUCCCAUUUCGAUACUCUGAGAGGUGAUGUAUUAGCAACAAGACAUAAUAACUCACCUGCUUUCUAAAAUCUCUCAAGUUCAAAGCCUUUAUCGACUUGACCAUGUGAAGCGGAAAUCUUUCCUCAGUCUUUUAGUCCCUCAGAGCAUUAGUCAAUUAAUCAAACCUCUUUCCAAAAGUACUAAAUAUAUUAUAAUCCGCGGAAAUAAGACAUAUUACCAUUACCAUUGUUCAUUAUCAUAUGUUAAAUAGGACAUACUUCGUUCUGAUGGGCUGUAUCUUCUGCGGCAUUUCAUCGAAACUCUUACCUCCGGUGACCAUUUGCAUCAGAGUAAAAACACCUCCACACUUAAAAGAAAAAAAACGACCUCGCAAGGAGAUCGACUGUCUCCUCAGAAACUUUUCUUAUGUUGCAGGCGGUAAAUCGUCCCAAUGAGAUGAUUAUGAAGUUAAAGCUUUAGCGAGAGGAGGUCACUUGUGUAAAAAGCCUCUGUCAUGCAAAGAAAGACUUCUAUCAGCUCUAGCAUCAGGGGCUAUUUAAGCCCGUUUCAGGCGCUAAGUAAAUGACACGGUUGUAAAAAAUACGAUUGUUGCGGACGGGUGAAACCGAGGAAGAUUUGGUUUGGGAUCGUUAUGUGACCCGACUACAGUCCCCUUCGUUGUUUUUCCUCCACCGCCGCUAUAAUUGCAUCGUUUACAAAUGUGUUCCGCUGUUUUACCACCCAAUUGCUUGGUUGGAACAGGCUAGGUCUGUUUUCUUUUUCUGCUUGCCAGAUUUAUAUAUUUAUUAUGUUGAUUUUAGGUUGUCUUUACGGAUCGUACAUUUUUGCAGCUUUGAUUUAUGUUAUAACAACACUUCAUUUCAUGAAGUGCCACAGGUUUGUGCGACUAGUUACCUAAACGUGUUUGUGUGGACCAUGAAUGUUCAACAGGACACUACAGUUUUAUGAGGGAUCAGGGAUAGCGCAGUAUUGAGUGAGAGCGCCCGUCUCCCUUCUGGAAACAGGGAACAAGGAGAGUCAUCACAUGGACCCCUUCCCCGCACCCCAUUCCACCCCCCACCGCGACCUGGUGAUCAAUAAUGACACGUCCCUUCUUCCCAGUGCGAGUUAUAGCAUUUCACAUAUCACGAGUAAAGUUCAAGUCAAUUCAAAUUGUUCCUUUGUUUUAGUUUUUAGAUUUUUUUCUCUCUUUUUUGUUUUGAAAAUAAACGGAAUACAAGAGUACCCAGUUUUAAGCUUAAAACGUUUUCCACGGCCGUUUGCGAGGGUUAAUUCUGCACUGAUCCACAGCUAUGUUCACGGAAGUAAACAUUCCAAGGUACAUUUGAGUUUCUUUUUUAUUACACACACCUGAGGCAGAAGUCCUUCUUCUCUUCGACUCGAACUUGACUCGUGACUCGAGCUUGACUCGGGCUUAAAGUUAACUCGUGAAAUGGUAUAACUCUUGCUGUGCAUUCUGUUGAACUCGGACUGAAAGAUUACUGUAACGUCUAUUGUAAUUCUCUCUCAUAGGGACCAUAUACUCCAGCUUUACCGUGGAGAUAGACGCCUGAUGCGAAACGUUUGCCUCUCACCGGCCUCUUUUGUGGUAUGGCGAUAAAUCUCCUUUCAACUCUCCUAUCAAAAUUGAAGAGGAAAUUAAUAACCUUUGCCUACACUGAUAUCUGUUUAAAAACUACCUUACAUGGAAGGGCAAGAUGAUUUGAAAGGUUGGAGAGCUCUUAGCCUUUUCCAGAAAAUUGAGAAUUUAUCCCUUGCAUAACCUAAUGUUGGUUGAAUGUCAAAACACGUUCAAGUUCACGUUCACGUUCGCGUUCAAGGUCACGGUCAAGAUCACAGUUACAGCUGUGUUCAUAGUCAUGGUCACGAUCAUGAUAACGAUGAUGAUUUAAAGGAGGUCACGUACAUUUUGCCUCACUACUGAAUAUUUUGUCUUGAAGGGAAGAAGUCUGAGUUAUAUUGGAUACCAAGUCGCCUAUGCCGUGAUUGGUACGUAUGAUGUUCCUUAAACUUAAUAUCAUUAAAAAGAAUGCAAAAGUUGUAGUUCUAAUGAUCAAUUUUUAAUAUUAAUUGCACAGGAACAUCCAGCGUAACAUGCAUAACAAGUGCGAGCUUAUAUUGAAGCAAAAGAGGAAGUUUCUUUUGGUUUUUACGCUGCCUAAGCUAAAUAAGAGUUUGAAUGGGUUGAGGGUUUGCAUAACUUUCGCGUACGUCUUAAACACCUCUAGUGUUAAAACAAGGCUUCGUUAAGUGUUAGGUAGUGUCUAAUCAGGCCAUGCAAAUGGUGAGAUAUUCAUAUCGCUAGUAUUAGUUUUUCAGUUUUUUGCUCGUUCCUCUUUACAGGUUUUGUCGUGUUGUCAAACUUGGUCUUCAUUCUAAUUCUCAUUCCCAGCAUUUUUAAGGAAAUACGCGAUUUGAUUUUAUUCGCUGCAAAAGGAUUUGUGUGAGUAGAUUCAUAAUGUAAAUAGGUUGUGUUUAAAUUGUUGACAUUUCCCCUCAGGUAUUUUAUUCGUUUUUGUUUGUUUGUCUGUUUGUUUCAAGUUUUUUUUUUUCAGACCAUCGAUAGUACUGGCUGUCAUAUUACGAGUGUUCCAGCGCGUGUUCCUAUCUCGAUAUGUCUUUCGUGACAGAGAGUACCCAAAUUUCUCAGUCGUGAUUGACAAUCGGUAACGUAAAAAACAGUAUCUGUAUCUAUUUUUAUGAUAAGCUGAGAUGCACACGAGUUUUUUGACCCGUAGAUGACGUCGUUAUAAACACAUUUUUGCCGCUUUAUCAUUGAUUGUUAACGUGCCAAUAUUCAGCUAUAGAUCACAAAAGACGUCAAUUUGGGAUAAGAACAUAACUGACCCACUCGGCUGCGCCUUGUGAGCCAAUUUGUUUUCUUCUAGCUUGCAGAGCAGACGUAAUUUUGGCGGGCGAGUGCUCAGUAUUUUCUUGACGAAAAUUAUGACCACCAUCUUUGAUUUUAAUGGCAGCGGAAGGCUGGGGAGAGAAAGAAAUUUGUACCAAAGGGGCUGUCGAAAAUCAAAAAUAAGGAGAGGGGUCCACUCUAACUCCAAAUCAAACAUGGCCGGACGAAUGAAUGAUCGCGAGCUUAUAAAGUUAGCUCGCCCCGAUAUGACGCCUUCAUUACAGGCCAGCUUAUCUCUUACCACAUUUUUAAGUCAUCUGUGAGCUACUACUGAACAGAAGCACGUUAACAUGGUGUCUAUGUGUUAAUUAGUGAUUAAAUUAGCGUCAUGGGUUGGUUUGCUAUUAGUGAUUCUUAUUCCUCUGCGCCUCCAUGCAAUGUUUAAUGAACCAAUUUACGUCACAAAGGCUUGCAUUCUUGUAAUAUCUAAAACUGGUUGUGUAAACGAAUUUUCCAACACAAUUUGUCCAAGAAAGUAGCUUUCAUGCUUAACAAAGAAUAUGGCUGCACGUCUCAUUUGCAAUAAAAUAUAAUGCUUCGCGUCUUGCUAAAGGCGCGGGAUGUUGGUACGAAAAUUUAAUUUCGCGGAGUUUAUCAUUAUCUGCUAUUAAUUAGAAUGCUGCUGCUCUGUAACAAAUCACUUGAACAAUUUACCUCUCCUCUUCUCUGAAGGUUAUUCUGUUCCUAAGAGGCUUACCGGGAAUCAGCAAAUGGGAUUGCCUGCGGGUUCCUUAAGGGUCUUAAUGUGGUGGUGGCUUUAAUGGCUAACGGCUAAAAAUUUUGGCCUUUUUGACGUUAACAGUUAAUUGAGCACUUUCGAAAUGACUUAUCAUAGCAAGGAAACACUUUUUUAUUUUUUUAACGCCCAACAGCUAAUUUUUGCUGUCUUCGUUAUGUUUACCUUCUUGAAAAUAGGCCUCGUUUUCUACUCAACAUUGUUCCUUUCACUAUAAGCAGCUAUUCAUUAUUUCUAUGUUUCACCUUUUUCUCCUUUGUUCUCAUUUUGGAAUCAUUUUUUAGACGACUGUUCUCUAUCACGUCGUAUGCGUUUGUGUUCCUCAACGCCAUUGUUGGAUUCCUGUCAGGUCUUCUUCGCAUAGCUAAAGCUAUGAUUCUCGGGCUUUUUUUCUUCUCGCGUCUCGACCGGACUGUUUUAAUGCCAGGAUUUCAGAGUUGGGACAAAGGUAAGCUCCCCGAAAAAACGCAUGCUAAGAAAGUGAAUUCCUUCGCGUUCAAAUGAGUUUUAAUCAAAAAAUGUAAAUUCUGUUAAGUCUUCUGACCUAUCACCCGCCAUUUAAUGCUUGCCGAAUGGUGGUAUCUCUGCCGAAAAGUCGAAAGAUUGGGCAACUGCUUCUUGCUUCUCAGAAUUUGUUUUUGCUGUUUUUGAUUUUAUUAAAUUACCGAAGCAUUUGAACAAAAAUGCAACACGGCACAAGGGACUGGUAAUUAUUUUUCGCCUGGGGGAAGGGGAACGGAGGAUUUUGGUUGUGUCAUAAUAAAAUCUACCCGACUCCCAAUACGGCUCUGUAGUGUUCUAAUGAACCCUCCUCUUCCCCAUCCUCAUUGGUAGUCAAUUUGCUAUGGUUCCCCCCCCCCCUUCCAUUUAAACUCUGUAAGAGACGACUUAUUCCCCUUCCGCUCCCACAUGAAAGCCAUGCGAUCAUCCGCAAAAUCCUAUUUCCUCCUCUUCACCCCGGUGAUAAAUAAUGAUCGGUCUCAUAGCAAAAGAUACUUCAGCUGUGAAAGCUUCAACUCAAACAAUCCGAACAGCAACGCAGACUUUAUUUGAGUCCGCAUCUAAUGCUCAUUUUUCCAUUCAACUUACCGAACAGGUUUUGUUGCGUAUCUUGGAUUUCUUCAUGUGUUGGUAGCCCACAGACAUCCCGUUGUGUUAAUGUUCUGCCAAUUGCUCAUUGAAAGCAACAAGGCGACAACUUCGAAGGAGAAACGUAAGCAACUUUUAAGAAAUUAAAUUUUACUGAUCUCAGAAGAACAUAUUGAGAGUAUUAACUCAAGUUGGAGUUGGUUAAUCAAAUAGUCAGUCAAUCAGUCAGACAUUCAGUCCGUCAAUCCGUCCGUCAGUCCAACAGUCAGUCAGUCAGUCAGUCGGUCAGUCAAUCAAUCAGUCAGUCAGUCAGUCAACAGUCAGUCAGUCAGUCAGUCAAUCAAUCAGUCAGUCAGUCAAUCAGUCAGCCAGUCUGUCAAUCAGUCAAUCUGUCAGUCAGUCAAUCAAUCAGUCAGUCAGUCAAUCUUUUGUGCUCUUUGCAACAGAAAUUUUCUCCCAUCGCAUUUAUCACCUCCUUGGAAAUGAAGAGAUUAUAGCGAGAUAUGAUGGAAUCCUCGACCAAUCAGAGCGCGUGUGUGUCUAUAAUCGUGACCAGAGCAAAUAUACUAAUAAUUAAAUAUAGCUAUGUUUAGCAAUUUAACUCAAAAAUCUGUCCGUCACAGAACAUUCCAACCUUUCUGUGCAGCCAAACAACGCUGAGGAGCCAAAACAAGUCACUGGUAUGUCAAUUAAUUAACUUAAGGUAACCAUACCGGACAGUGCCUGAGUUCCGUUUGUAGGGGAGUAGAAAUAUAGUUUGCAUUUAUUCAAAUGCACUUCAACAAUACCGUUUAUGUACUAUAUGUGUGUGUAACUUUGAAACAGGAAUCAAACGCGAAAUCCGCCAUCCACGCCUGUCACAGAGGGUGGUCAACCGCUGGCUUCUUGCUGUAACUCUCCUCCGCAAUCCCACAAUAAUACAGUAUCGUCACCAUUCCUUUUCGGUACCCAUUGAACAGAGUGAGGUCGACACGUCUUCAGUAUCAGUUUUAGUCGAUUCUAUAGCCUAAUCGUCAGGUUUAGCUCAUAGCACAUAAAUAUUUUAAGGAUUAAAUGAAGGACAUUGUAAUAGCCAAGUGUUGCAAGGUAUAUAGUUGUUACGAGAAAGGUUGUCGGAAAAAAACGGACAAAACUGCGGGCGACAAUCUCUGAAAAUAAUCUGGGUAUCCGGUAACUAAUGAAUUUUAUUAAGUAAAGGAAAAUAUAUUAAUUAAUCAAACCCGUUGUACCUCGUCCGUACAAUGACAUUUCUCAGAUUUCCUUUGCAUCCUGAAGUUAAGGUGCCGUGAUCUGAAAACUACCCUCAAUACCGUUCGUGGUUGUCAUGUGAAUUUUUACGCUUUUUGUCGGACCACCUCUCUCGAAACAGCUGUAUAUUCCAUGAUAGGUUUAUGUUCCAAAUUAAAUACUGCGUGAAAAAAGUAGCCCAUCAUGUAAAAAAAAAAUUUAAUUUUUUUUAUUUUCUUGACAUAGUUUAUCAUUGUUAAACUUUUAAAGUUCAAGUGCGUCUUUAAGACUAAGGUAGACAGUUUAGUAUUGGAUAACAUGAGUUGUAUUCUGUGUUACAUUUAUGCAUUAAAAACGACUGCUCGGCUAU